AUGGCGUUCCAUCCCAAUACACUUCCCAAUCUCCAGGGCAAAGUCUUCAUAGUAACCGGUGGGAAUUCCGGCAUCGGCUACCAUACCGUCGCCCAUUUGGCUGAACAUGGCGCCCACGUCUACCUAUGCGCUCGAUCCUCCAAGAAGGGCACGGCUGCCAUCGCCAACAUCAAGAAAAUACACCCUAAUGCCAACAUCGACCUCCUACAAAUGGACCACACGGACCUUGCCAGCGUCGUCACAGCCGCCCAGCACAUCUUGACCCGCGAACCAGCCCUCCACGGGCUCGUCAACAACGCCGGCAUCAUGGCGACCCCUUUCGUGCUGACCAAAGACGGCCACGAGGCCCAGUGGCAGACCAAUUACCUCGCCCACUGGGUGUUGACGGCCCACCUGCUGCCACUGCUGCAACGGACCGCCCAGACACUUCCGCCCGGAAGCGUGCGCAUCGUCAACCUCAGUUCAUCGGGCCACUUGGCCGCGCCCAAGGGUGGCAUUAAUUUCCCGGACCUCUCGCUCAAUGCACGCAGCCCGUGGGCGCGGUAUGGACAGAGCAAGCUCGCCAACAUCCUGCACACUCAGACACUACACAGGAUGUACGGGCCCGGCUCGCUCGGCGCGCGGAACGGGGAGGGCGAGAUCUGGGUAUCGUCCGUGCAUCCGGGAAUGGUCGAGACGAACCUGGCCUCGGCGCUGCAGGAGUCGGAGUCGGGGCUGGGCAUGACGAGUAUAUUUUCGGUCGCACGUAGGCUGGGACUGAUAUUUCCCGCAGAGAAGGGGUCGUGGACUAGUUUGUUCUGUGCGGCGAGUCCGGAGAUGACGGCGGAGCAGAGUGGCAUGUAUCGCGAGAUUUUCCGGCGGUUUGGGGAGCCAUGGUGGCAGAGUGGUGCGGCGAAGAAUGAGGAGCUUGCAGAGCAGUUGGAGAACUGGACAAUGGAGGCAAUGAAGAAGGAAGGGUGGGUGCGGUGA